AUGGUUGCCAAGAAGAAAUCAUCGCUCAAAAGCCUCCAGGCAGGCCGUCCACCCACGGCCAGGUCUGGUCGAUCCAUGUCCCGCAAAGCCAGCCGAACCCUCAUCAAUACGCACCACCAGCUGGAGAAGAGACGUCGACAAGCCGCAGCUACGGGAGACGAUAAGGCAGAGGCUGCCAUUGCCGCCGAGAUUGCCUCUCUCGGCGGCCUGGGCCACUACCAGCAAGCGAGCCUUCAGGGGCAAAGCCUCGACCGCGGCGGUGACACGUCCAAGGUCCUGCUCGAGUGGCUAUCCACCAAGGAGGUGGCCACAGGGGGACCGCGGCUCAAGAUGUUGGAGGUUGGAGCGCUGAGCACCCGCAAUGCUUGCUCACGAAGCGGACUCUUCGACAUGGUACACAUCGAUUUAAACAGCCAAGAGCAAGGGAUCCUCGAGCAGGACUUCAUGGAACGGCCCCUGCCGGCAAGCGACACGGACAAGUUCGACAUCAUAUCCCUUAGCCUCGUGCUUAACUUUGUGCCAGAGGCAGAAGGCCGCGGCCAGAUGCUUUUGCGAACGCUUUCGUUCCUACGCGAGCAAAAAGCAGCAAGCCAGGGCCCGUUCCCGUUCCCGGCGCUCUUCUUGGUCCUGCCUAGGAGCUGUCUGGACAACUCGCGGUACAUGACGCAAUCACGCCUCGAGGAGCUCAUGGGGGACCUGUGUUAUCAGCGCGUCCACAUAAAGAUGACCCAAAAGCUGGCCUACAGUCUAUGGCACAACACUCGGCUUCUUCCAUCGACGAAGAUCGAAUUCACUAAGCGGGAAGUGAACCCAGGCAGGACAAGGAACAACUUCGUCAUAACUCUACAACACCGCGCCAACCAGUGA